AUGCAGUCUUUGCAACUAUCUGCUGUCCCACGCAGCCUGGUUCCGAACACGGAUCCGAGUCCAGACGACAUCCCGCCCGAUCCGGAGUCCUCUCCGCCCAAAAGGAAGAGAGAUUCCGGAAGAAUGGCUUAUCCGAGGAAGAGAGCUCUAAGGGCAUGCGAAGCAUGUCGGAAGCGGAAGAUCAAAUGCGACAAUCAAAGGCCGACAUGUGGAGGAUGCAAAGACCUCGAAAUCGAGUGCAAUUUUGGCAACGGCAAGAAUGACCGUUCCACGUAUGAUUCUGCCAGCCUAGAAAUACUGGAGAAGUUGGACUACGCUGUAGGGCUUCUCGAAGCAGCACGUGAUACAGCAUGUGAUACUUCCAUCACCCUUCCAAUUCAUCCUCAAGCUCGCCAAGCCAGCCCCGUAGUAGACGAAAACAUUCUUUACCCGAGUGCUCAACAUCAUCCGACUCCCGGAUCGUUACCAUGGUCAGAAGACAACGUGAAGGGCGACGCUGAGAUCCUGCUCGAGUCAUUAGAGAUUGCAGGGCGGAACCCUCAAGUAAGUGAGGAUAUCUUGGACUGGGCCAUCUUUCAGGGAAAGUACGACAGAUCGAGAACGGAAGUACUCAUCUUCAAUCCUCGGCAAGAGACAUAUGGUGACGAGACGGUUGCUACAAUUAGCUCGGAUGCGGUCCGAACAGCAUCACCCGGUAGGGGAAUUCGGGAGGAAGACGUCCCUAAUCUCAUCGAUACUUUUCUGACGAACGUUCACAUCAAAAAUCCAAUUUUGGAUUCGGACGACAUUAAGCGGAAGGGUAGAAGGACAGCGGAACAUGGCUUCGGAUGGGAUGCGGCAUCGUGUCUCGUACUCAUCGUAUGUGCUCUUGGGAGCAUAUCAUCGAUCUUCGACCCACAGCCAGUUACACCAGCCUUAGCAGACGACCUGAGCAGCGUAGCCGACACUCCCGAGUACUCGACGGCUGAGAGUUAUUAUGUUUCUGCUCAGAAACGCAUCGGCCUUCUUGAAAACUCCAUCAUAACGACCCAAUGCUACUUCUUGUCCGGUGUCUAUGAGAUGUAUUCUAUGAGACCCUUGAAGGCCUGGGCGUCCUUCAACCGAGCUUGCGUUUCCCUGCAGAUCUAUCUCAGAGGUCAGCCUCAGCGCAACUUCAUCAGUUCAAAGGGUCUGGAGCGCAGACUCUACUGGUCGUGUUUGAAGUCUGAAUGCGAGAUCCGUAUGGAGAUUAACCUUCCGCCUUCCGGCCUCGCCAAAGUCAACUAUCCCGACGUAUUCCCAAGCCCGCCUGCUUCCAGCCCGGUCCUGUCCGAUGCACUCCCACGGGGCAUGAGCUCUACCGUCCAUAAGAACUCAUUUGCCGCAAACAGACUAGAGCCGGAUACCGAGCUCAUUUGGUGCUAUUACAUCUCUGAGAUUGCAGUACGCAGGAUUGGUAACCGCGUGAUGAACUGUUUCUACGAGCAGGACGAAACGUCUUGGCUCUCCAUGCCUCCACACCGGAUGAUCCGAAUCGCCGAAGAACUCGAACUGCAGCUCACCCAAUGGUAA